AUGGCUAUGGGAAAUGAGGGUAAUUUGGUAACUGCAACAAAUCAUGUUGGGACAGCAUGGGCAGGUUCAAAGUAUGAGAUUGAAUGUACAAUGUGUGCAGCUUGUGACAACCCCUGUGCCACCCCAUCUCCGCCACCUCCUCCGCCUCCAUCUUCCUCCAACAAUAAUUGUCCUCCGCCACCCUCUCCUCCUAGCUCCGCUGGUGGUGGAAAUUACUAUUAUUCACCACCACCACCACUCUCCUUCUCCUCUAGUGGUGGUGGUGGGGGUGGUGAUUCCUAUUACUCACCACCUCCACCUGGUGGUGUAAUUGGUGGUUACUACCCUCCACCCUACCAAAAUUACCCUUCUGGCCCUGUUCCUCCACCUCCUAAUCCUAUUGUUCCCUAUUUCCCCUUCUACUUCUAUAAUCCUCCACCACCUUCACAGUCUCCUGCUUUUAAGCUCACUCAUUCUUCUUUUUUCACCACUAUGUUCAUUCUCUUCUUUAUUUUCCUUUGA